ACGGUUUUGUUCAAAGCUGAAAAUGUAACUGUAUUUGACAGAUGACAGGUGUAGGUUGCUAGUGACAAAAUAUUAGCUUUCAGUGCGAUAUGAUCGCUUUGUAAAUUAUGUUUAAUUAGAAAGUGUUUCUACUGUCCCAGUCUCCCCUACUGGAUGUAGUGGCGGGGUGUGGCAGGGUGUAGGUGUAGGUGUGUUUGAUGCCUUUGUUGUCUGGAAUAUGUCCGUGCAAUAAUACAGAAAUAGAGUCUGAAACCAUAGUCACCUGCUUUGAUAUAUAUAUAUACUCACGCUGCCACCGGUUUCAGUCUGUCGUCCAGGAGCCUCUCUGGUCACUUUCACCGUCCUUCAGCCAUCUGAGUAUUGAUCUGAUCAUGGCUGUGACCAACCAACCAGGCAGCUAUGCACCCUCGGACUUCCAGACAGGCCUGUUUGAUGUCUGCAAGGACUGUGGAACUUGCUGCUAUGGUGUGCUCUGCUACUGGUGCAUCGGCUGGAGCAUCGCCAGCAACAUGAACGAGUUCUUCCUGUGUGGUCAUAGUACGGCGAUCCGCAGCGUCUACAGGACCAAAUACAACAUCAGAGGGUCAGUGUGUAAUGACUUUAUGCUGGACGUCUGCUGUCCAUGCUGUACCAUCUACCAACUGAAGACAGAUAUCGACCGCAGGAAGGAGCAAGGCAUUUUCUGAACAGCUACAAUCCUCUGAGGGAAAUGACGUUCAUCUCUUCCAGUCUUUUAAACAUUAGUCAGCUGCCCGGGACACAACCUGGGAGUAGAAAACAGCGUCAUGAUUUAUGGUUACAGUUAUAAAA